AUUUUCCAAGCGUAAACAAAAACGCCGGCGUUUAUUUUUUUUUUACAUUUUUCUUACGUGUUUUCUGUUGCUCACAAAACAUUUAUAUUUUAAUGCAUGUAUUAAUCUCCGCAACACGCUCGAAAUUACUAUUUUCCAAAGUGUACCACGGUUAUUCAAGUCGAAGACUUGGGGCGUAUUAAAAUUCAAGAUGCCUGCCACUAACUUUAGCUGGACUGGCAGCAAACAGUCCCCAAUCUUCCACACGUUUGGAUUGAAGAGAAAAUAUCCGACUGAAGAAAGUCAACUUGAGAGUCAAGGUGAAGACAUAAACCCUAGAAGAAAGCGGGCAUGUGCAGACUCUCACAUCCAAAGUGUCCUCACACCUAUGACAGAGGAGGAGGAGUCUAUGGAAGCAUCAGAACCAGAGACAGUGUCUUCAUACACAGCAGAUGCAAAUUCAAGAGUGCCUGUUAUAUUGGACCCAACUGGUGAUCACGCAAGCAACAAUAACAACAUAAUACUUGAAAUGAACAAUAAUAUUAAUGGCAGUACUAUCAACCAGAAUGACAUGAUAAUGGACCUUUCGGAUGAGGUAUACACAAACUUCACUUUGCCACUAAACGACCCCCAUAUCAAAACCCUGACCCCGGGAGUUGGUUUGCAAGCAACUACGGACGCUGAGUAUGAGGCAGCAUGUAGUAUGAUGACAGCCAUGGAGGGGGAGGGGUCACCCAACCCACAGCAUUACAAGAUGGCGUACUGUGACCAGUACUGCAUAGGUGGUCAGAGGAGUCCGUCAUCUGGAGUUGUCCGCUGUCUGUGCAAGCCCUCGUGGGAGGGACUCCAUGACAUCCGUCCGUAUGUGUCAGACUACUAUUGAUAUAAGCUACCUCAUAGUGAUCAUACUUGAUGCUCUGUGUCAGUAAGUGCAGCUACUACUGAUAUCAUAUACUUCAGAAGCAUCUAUGUCUCGUAAUAAUUCAGGAAUAAUAAUCAAACAUCCUCUUAGACUGUUAAUUUGCCAUGCGCCAAUGAUUGUGUUAAUUUUUGUUGUUGGAGAAGUUAUGUUUUCUAGCUACCUGUCCAUUGACAAGAAUACUUGUUUUGCCAAAUGAUGUGAUUUACACACUAUUUUUUCAAAAUCUGUUUCCAAAAAUAUAUUAUUUUUACUUUUAUUGAGAGAAUGUAAAACUAAGUAAUGGACUACAAAACAUUCUUAAGAACAGGAUUUACAUUAGGGAACUUUUGAACUGAUGUUCUACACAGGCAUUUAUAUGGAGUAAUAUACAGGCAUUUAAAUGGAGCUCUAGAAAGGAAUUUAAAUGGAGCUCUAGAAAGGAAUUAAAAUUAACAUCUUAUGCUUGGUUCCGUUUUAUUUUUAGCACCUAAUUUAUUGAAUUAAAGAAAUUAUUAUACCCCCAUUACCAUUGGUAAUGGGGGCUAUAUAGGAGUCACUUUGUCGGUCUGUCACGAAAUUUCAUCCGAUCUUCACCAAACUUGGUCACAAGUUGUAUCUUGAUGAUGUAUAGGUCAAGUUUGAAUAUGGGUCAUGCCGGGUCAAAAACAAGGUCGCGGGGUCACUUAGUGUGUUUUAAACCCAAAGUUUGUCUGGACCAUAACUAUGUCAUUUAUCAUUAGAUUUUAAAAUAACUUGGUACAUUUGUUCACAAUCAUGGGACGGUGUGUCGCAUGAAAAAAGUACGUCGAUAUCUCCAAGGUCAAGGUCACACUUGGAGUUCAAAGGUCAAAUGCUUGUCAGGGCCAUAACUUUAUCAUUUAUUGUAAGAUUUUAAAAUCAUGUUGCAAAUUUGUUCACCAUCAUGGGGUGGUGUGUCGCGCGAAAAAAUUACGUCAAUAACUCCAAGGUCAAGGUCACACUUUGAGUUCAAAGGUCAAAAAUGGUCAUAAAUGAGCUUGUCCAUGCCAUAACUAUGUUGUUCAUUGUGAGAUUUUAAAAUCAUUUGGCACAUUUGUUCACCAUUAUUGGACGGUGUGUUGCGCGAAAGAAUUACGUCGAUAUCUGCAACGUCAAGGUCACACUGUUAGUUCAAAUGUCAAAAAUGGCCAUAAAUGAUCUUGUCAGGGCCAUAACUAUUUCAUUUAUUGUGAGAGUUUGAAAAUACCUGGUACAUUUGUUCACAAUCAUUGGACGAUGUGUCAUGCGAAAGAAUUAUGUCGAUAACUCCAAGGUCUAGGUCACACUUGGAGUUCAAAAGUAAAAAAAUAGCCAUAAAUUUGGACGGCAUGUCAUGCGAAAAAUUCAAGAGUUCAAAGGUAGAAAUGGCCAUAAAUGAUAAUGGCAUUAUAAUUCUUAAAAAUCGCCAUAAAUUUGAUUCUCUUGUUAUAUGAAGACAGCAUUCAAAAUUAUCUGUGUCAAUGCGGCUCGUGGGGGUAUACGUUACGUCUGUGACAAAGCUCUAGUUCUCAAUAAAUCAUAUAAUAGUUGUGCACCAGAUUAACAAGUAAGUUUUAUUUAUUGUUCAAUAAAAAUUACAGUACGAUAUUGUUAAGAGUCUCACUUAACUAACAAUUAAGCCAUUUUAAGGUUACAUUUUAAAUAAAAAAGACAUAAUUUAUGUUGACUUUCUUAUGAUCAGAACUUUUUGCAAUGCUUACACUAAACCAUUAGAUUAAAUUAUCAUUUGUUCUUUAUAGAUCUCUUCAUAUAUACAUAGAUAUCAUUUUAUUAGUCCCCUACCGGUGAAACCCGAGAGGGACUUAUGGUUUGCGCUCUGUGUGUCUGUCAGUCUGUCACACUUUUCAGGAUCCUGUGAUCUUCAUAUUCUUCAUAUUUUUUCAUGAAACUUGAAACAUGGACAGAUGGCAAUAUUGAGAUAAUGCACGUCAUUUCGUUUUGUUCCUACGCCAAGAAUUCUGGUUGCUAUGGCAACAAAUAGACUAGAAAUAUUGCUGAAAAUGGUGGAUACUGCGAUAACUUUAAAAGUUCUUCAUAUUUUUUUAUGAAACAAUCUCUCUAAAAUAGCUACGGUAGGGGACUUUUAUUGCUUGGCAAUAGUCUUGUUUUAAUAUUAUAGCUUUUAGUUUACUUUAGUAAUAGCUCAUGAGGACGAUUGUGUUAGGUGGUCCUCUGGCAUCUGAGUGUGUCAUGAGUUUGUGUUUAAACAAAAUUGCCUAAACCUCUUGGCAGAUUUAAAAGAAAAAAUCACAGUAAUGUUCCUUUGGUUCUCCAUUUUCAUUUUUUUUCCAAAUAGUUGAGGUCUGCUUCAUACAUAUAAGUCACCAGAGCUAAAGAUAGAUUUCAAAAUUUGAAACUGAAAAAUUCUUCUUAUAUUUGGUAUUUUGUGGUCCUCUUCCCUGAUUGUUUAAAGCAUGUGACUGGAAUAAAAAUAUUCCACUCCCCGGGGGUCAAACGAUUAAUGGAGCAGGAUGUACCGGUAGUUAACUACAAUUUUUGUUUUGAAACUGCAAGAUCAAAGUCUAAAUAUGUUGUGUGUAGUAUUGCCUUUUGGUCCUCGACAAAGGUGGUUCAAAUUAUGCCACUGGGGUCAUAACUGGCCUCCAACCCAAGGCUCACAGGAUUACAAUUGACUUAUAGUUCAUAUCUUAAACAAUUUUAUCUGAAAUCACAAGGCUCGGUGAGUUAAUGUUUGAUGUGUAACGCCCUAAAGUGGUCCUCAACUAUGUUUCUGUAAAUGAUGACCCUGGAGUCAAAACUGACCAUGCUCCAGAACCAGGUGAAUUAUAUAGACUUGUGUUGUAAAUAACUUUUAAAAGCACUGCGUCUGUCAGGACGGGGCUUAUUAUUUGUGUGUAACAUAGUUAAGUGUUCCUCUACUAACUGCGUUUAUGUCAUGCCCUUCUGAAGAAAAUUGGCAACACCAAGUCAGCAGAUGAUUAAUAUAAACAUAUAUUAUUGCUUAAAAAGAUAUACAAAACAAAACCAUUCAUACAGGUAGUUUUUGUAACAUUCAGUUUCUACUGUGCUCCUCUCCUUGGUGCUUUUUUCAGAUCAUGCAAAAUAGCCCCAGCAUGGGUUGGAAGACAGUUAAAUGUUUUAACUUGUGUUUGUGACAUGCUCAGUAAAAAGGGGGUUUAAUGCAUGUGUGUGAUCUGUCAUCCCAGAUUAGUCUGCAUGUGUGUGAUCUGUCAUCCCAGAUUAGUCUGCAUGUGUGAUCUGUUGUCCCAGAUUAGUCUGCAUGUGUGUGAUCUGUCAUCCCAGAUUAGUCUGCAUGUGUGUGAUCUGUCAUCCCAGAUUAGUUUGCAUGUGUGUGAUCUGUCAUCCCAGAAUAGUUUGCAUGUGUGUGAUCUGUCAUCCCAGAUUAGUUUGCAUGUGUGUGAUCUGUCAUCCCAGAUUAGUCUGCAUGUGUGUGAUCUGUCAUCCCAGAUUAGUCUGCAUGUGUGUGAUCUGUCAUCCCAGAUUAGUGUGCAUGUGUGUGAUCUGUCGUCCCAGAUAAGUCUGCAUGUGUGUGAUCUGUCAUCCCAGAUUAGUCUGCAUGUGUGUGAUCUGUCUUCCCAGAUUAGUCUGCAUGUGUGUGAUCUGUCUUCCCAGAUUAGUCUGCAUGUGUGUGAUCUGUCAUCCCAGAUUAGUCUGCAUGUGUGUGAUCUGUCGUCCCAGAUUAGUCUGCAUGUGUGUGAUCUGUCGUCCCAGAUUAGUCUGAGGGGGUUUAAUGCAUGUGUGUGAUCUGUCAUCCCAGAUUAGUCUGCACAGUCUGCACAUGAUAAUCAGGGAUGACACUAUCCCCCAAAACUGGAUUUUUGCUAAGGAGAGACUUUCUUUAAACAGAAAAUAUUAUAAAAGCAGAAAGAGUUGUCCCUGAUUAGCCUGUACGGACUGCAUAGGCUGAUUUGGGAUGCCAUUUUAGGCACAUGCACUAAACCCUGUUUUCACAGAGCGCACCUCAUUUAUAUUUGUUAUGUGACAUCCGAUUGUCGUCCUCUUAUCAGUGCGUACUCAACUGGUUAUGGUCCUCAGAUCUAUACCAUCUUGGCCCUCUUGUUUGAUUUUAUUACAAAAUUAUAAAAAAAUGUUUAUUGCUUUAUUUUUAGCUCACCUUAGCACAAAGUUCACACUGUGAGCUAUCAAAGCUACUAUAAUGUGCUGCAUCUUGUGGCAUUUAAGCUCUAAAUCACACUAGAGGCCAUAUUUGUGAUCAAAAUUAGAUGAAACUUGAUUCAAACUUUUAUCUUGAAUAAUAUUACCGGGUAUUGAAUCUUAAUAUGGGCCAUGUGCAGCCAGAAACUAUGUUAAAAUGUCAAACUUUAAAAAAAUACUUGCUUUUACUGUGGAUUCUACAUUUAUGACAGUCUUUAUAAAAUUUAGUCAGAAUGUUGACAAUAUCUAGGCUGAGUUUGUAUUUAUGGAUACAAUCUUUGAAUAACUUUUACAGGUCUUAUUCAUGAUAAUCUUGAUGUUCUUUGGUUAGAAUGUUCAUCUGGAUACAAUGUAGGCUGAGUUUGAUUCUGGUUGAGGGGCGUCCAAAAUCCAAGUCUCCAUAUCAAAUCUUUAAAAAAACUUAGUUGCCACCGUAGAAGCCAUAUUUAUGACUCAAUCUUGUUGAAACUUGGUCUGAAUGAAAAAAUUUCCAAUAUCUAGGACAAGUUUUAACCUGAGUCGCAUGCACUCAAAAACUAGAUAAUCUUAUGAAAUCUUGAAAAAAAAGUUACUACAAUAUGGGAUUAAUUGUUACUCAUGCUGAUGAAAAUGGUUUAAAUGUUAUUUUUGACAAUACCUAUGUAAGCCAUACAUGUCCAGUAACAAGGUCUUAUGGGCGUCAGGGCAUCAUGGUCCUAUUGUUUAUUUUUUAAACACGAUAUUUAACACAUUAUUAUAGAAAUUAGAGUUUUUAGUUUAAGGAUCAUUUUAAUGUUGUAUUUUAAAUUUUGUUGUCAUGUUUUGUAUGUACAUUCUUAUAAAACUAGAUCUCAGAAAUUUGUCAGUUUUAUCACACAUUUAUAUAAGAAUCUCUUUAGUCGUAAUUGAAUUGUUACGUUAUUUACUGAUUUGUAAAUGACCUUGAAUGCAAGCUAUCUAGUGUUGUAUUACAUAUUUUUCUUUGUUAUUUAAUGUCUCAUGUCUCAAACAUUAUUAAUAAAAUUUCGCACAAGAAUGUAUCCUGCAUGUUUUAAUGCCUUCUUUGUUACUCGUGUGGUAUAGAAACACAAUAUAUAUAUAUGACAUUAUGUUACGGUAUUUAUCAAAUGUUUUUAUGAAUUGUAAAAAUUGUUCAAUAUAUUUUACUUAUUUGAGUUUGAUUAUAAGAUAAUAAUGUUGAUGUUUAUUUUUAUGCCAGAUAUCAGCUUUGCAUUUAUCUGAUUAGUACCUCAUAAUAUUAAUUCGCUAAAUGAAUCAUUAAGGGCCAUACAGGUGGAAAGAAUGGGGUAAUUCUUUUGCUUGAAAUGUAAACAUCAUCUAUGAAAAGUAUUGUAUGGAAUGUUUGUUUACAUAAGCUUACAAAAUGAAUAUUUUUAUAUGUUUUAAUGUUUCUGUUCGUUAGAUGGUUUGAUAAAAGAUACAAAUGUUUCGUUUUUAGUGAGUGAUGCAAAAUAAUUUUGCUAUUAAAAUUGUAAGCAGUGAA